AUGCAAUAUUUACAGCAGCGGCCUGUGUUUGGCUCUGAAGCCGGUGGAAGGAAGGGGAGGCACCGGGGUCUGAUUGGUUACCGGCAGGCACCGUCCCAGGGAUGGGUUUCACGGACGGACAGGAAACGGGGUGCCGCUGGGGGCGCGGAGCCGGAACCGAGAGGAAGCGCGGAGCCCGGGCUGGAGCCGCGGAUGCCUGGGGUGAAUCAAGGCUCCGACCUGGAACCUCCACCAUCCCAAAUACCCCAGCGUGGAGGAGCGGCCAUGGCCAAGAUUCAGGCCCAUCUUCAGCAGAUGAACCAUCAGGUUCAGGCUCAGAGUUUUGCAGUGCAGAAACAAGCCCAACAACAGCAGUUCCAGAGGCUCAAGGUGGAAGAUGCCUUGUCGUACCUGGACCAGGUUAAGAUGCAAUUUGGGAACAACCCAGCCGUUUACAAUGAGUUUCUUGACAUCAUGAAGGAAUUUAAAUCACAAAGCAUUGACACACCUGGUGUGAUCGAUAGGGUUUCACGCCUCUUCCAGGGUCACCCUGACCUUAUUUUGGGCUUCAAUGCUUUCUUGCCACCCGGUUACAGAAUAGAGAUCCAGAAAAACAAAGCAGUGAGUGUGCAUGGACCCGCACAGACUGAGACUCAGCUGUUGUCAGAAGCGGCCCAUGACCACGCCUCUGCCACUCCUCCCAGUGCCGCUGCUCCUGCUGUCACUCCAGUGAGCCGAUCCAAUCCUGCUCAAUGUCAGACGCCCCUGAUGGGCCACAAGGAUGAGAGUGCGGAACGCCGGGUGAUCCGGGAGGAACCGACUGCGCGGGCCUUGGAUCACCAUGAUGAUCCUUCUUCCAACGAGCCACAUCCUGUGGAAUUCGACAACGCUAUAAGUUACGUGAAUAAAAUCAAAAACAGAUACCUGGAGCGUCCUGAGGUUUACAAAUCAUUUCUGGAGAUUCUGCAUACCUAUCAGAAGGAGCAGCUGAUAGUGAAGGAUACCAAGGGAAAACCUUACUGUGGCAUGACUGAGGAUGAAGUCUUUGCGAAAGUUGCCAACUUGUUCAGGGGCCAGGAGGAUCUGCUGACUGAGUUUGGCCAGUUUCUCCCAGAUGCCAAGCGAUCUCUGUUCACUGGAAACGCUGCAUCUGAGAAGGAUGAGAGUAAAAUUGUUGAUGAUGAUGAUGGAUCAAAACACUCUCAAAGCAAGAAACGCUUGAGACCAGCACUUCUGCCGCAGGUGCCGCCUCCGCUCAAGGUAAACACACUCUUUCUAACUAUUGCACAUGUUGGUAAGGUAUUUUCAUCAGUCAUGACAGAAACACAGGCUGUUCAUCUUCAAAAUGAUGGCUGACUGCAAUUAGAAA